AAUAUAGUAAUUAUAGGCAGAUAUUCAAAAGGCAAAAAGAGAAAGAGAAAUUAACAAAUCAAAGGCACAAUUAGAUGGAUACAGCAAAGACACAGGAAGUAACUGAUCGUGUCUAUGAAGACUUUGAACCAUAUCAUGAGUCAGAUAGAGAUGAAGGGCGUUUCACUGUUAUGCUACCAGGAUAUAGGAGGGAUCAACUGAAGGUUCAGGUGACCUCAAAACCUGCCCUAAAGCUGAUGGGUGAACGCCUCAUCGUUGGGAACAGAUGGCGUCGUUUCAGUUUAGAGUUCCCCAUUCCUUCUGAAUAUGACACAGAUGAUGUGACUGCCACUUUUGAGGGAGGGAGGCUAUCUAUCAAAUUUGGCAAACUGAUCAAGCCUAAGGAAACAACAACAGCUCCACCAGAAGAAGCGCCAAUGCCUCAGGAACCAUCACAAAAGGUUGCUGAGCAAAAGACUGCACAAGAGUCCCCAAAGGCAAAACAAGACACAGAAGCAGCAAGGACUAAUGAAGUCUCUGAACAAAAGACACCACAGAAGACUGCGCAAGAGGAUGUGCCAGAAGCAAAACAAGACAAAGAAGAACCAAGGACUGAUGAAGUUUCUGAACAAAAGACGCUACAGAAGGAGGUGAAGGAGUCAACUGCUGAAAUGGAAAAGAGCAAAACAGAAAAAGCUGCUAGCACGGAAAGAGUGACUGAGGAAGUCAAGACUAAUCGCUUAACUGAGAAAACAGAAGCAGCAAUCUCUAAAGCUCCUAAAACCAAAUCUGCCAAGUCUGUUACAAGAUCCAUAACUAGGCUUGUAGAUUUCACUCUCUGUUUUGAACCAGCUAAUCAGGCUGACAAUGAAGGCCUUGGAGAUAUGGCUGCAGGGUUUAACAAGUCGAAGAAAUUGGUCAAAUGGGGCAUACUAAUCUUAUUGGUUGUGGGACUUGGACUUUAUUAUAUAAAUGCUUUCAGAUCAUCUCAUGGAGAAUGGAACUUCCAAGAGCUGUAAUUUCCUUUCUGAAGUACUGAUGAUGACAUUCAUGAACACAACAAUGUACUCAAUGCAUAAAAAUUCAAUAAAAGAAUGAAAUUAUAAAAAAACUAACUUCAGACAAUUA